UUUUGCGGAAGCAGCUCGCAGUGAUGACAGGAGUUGUGGCUCGCUCCUUGGAUGGAAGUGGAAGCCAAAAAGCCACAGCCUCUCGAUUUUCGAUUGAUGAUGUUUGCCUUGAUGUGACCGCACAAAAAAAGACACAGCAGACAGAACGGGACAUCGCAAGUACCAUCCCUGAACAGCCCAAUCACCCACCAUGAUCGGAUCAUCACCCACUGAAGCUCACCCCAUGGCUGCUACCAGUACAGACAAAAGUGGAAAACGUUGGCGAGGUGACGAUCGAAUGAACAGGGCAGUCCAGGCCAAGUACCAGAAUCCUCGACUUUCCUUGGAGAUGGCCUUGAGGCUGGGUGGAUUUGACUAUCCCUCGAACGCCAUUGGACCCACGUUGGAUGCUGAACAGGUGAGUCUGCGGCAGAGAAAGAAUCAGUUGAGCCGACGUCUGCGCCAAGCCAAGCAACACGGACUACAGCCACUGCCCGAAGCAACCAUCCGUCGCCAGCCCCUAGAGACAAAGCCCGCGCUUGGUCACAACUACAAGCCCGAGUCGCAACCUGUUCAAAGUACGCACUUCCAGUCGUUGCCCCCCCUCUCCGUCGUUCCUCUCUCGCACCAAGAAAAAGUAGGCGUAAGUGCCACAACGAAGACGACAUCUGCGAACGCGCCGAGUUUGACCGCAUCGAACCCACUGGCAGGGUCACUUCAGAUGACGAAUACGCCACAGCAACCAAAUAGUUCCACGCGGUGGGUGAUCCUGACAGUGCUCAUGCCAGCAAAUAAUGCUGUUGGCCAAGGUUUCCCUCAGAGCUCCCCGGUCGCCAGCGUCAAAUCCAACGACGUUCCCAAUCCGAACGGAGGCGAUUGUUCCAUCCAGUCCACCAAGAAUGGCUCCGUCGUGGGUUUUCAAGAGCCAGGCGUCUCGGCUCCGUCGGAUCUCGAACAUCAGAAGGCUGCUGCUACCGACCCUCUUUUCUUUUUGGAAGGGGCUUCCGAAGUAUGGGCGUCCAAGGGCAAGAGCGACGUCGCAAAACAAGAAGAAACAAAGACUGGCUUAGUAGGGAACAACAACCCCGCUGUCAAUAGUGAUCCAAGGUUUCAACGGGCGCUUGCCAUGUUUGCCGAAAACAUGAAAAUGUCCGGGAGCUGCUAUCAACAAGCCAUGCGUCGUGCUGGGUUCCAGUCCGAGGAAACGAGCAUGUCGUCAUCCAAGUUUCACGACUUUGCCUCCGCGGCAUGGUUGCGGGAGAGCCAACGGUUGCAAGCGGCAGUGCAUGGUUGCGAGCGAACCAACGGCACCAAGCUGAUGUGCUGAGCAGCGCACUAGUCGUCUAAGACGAAUGAUUCAAUCGAAUGAUUCAUCUUUACUGUUGCUUUGAAAGCAAAGGUUCCCCAAGAAAUAUAUGCACAUCUACAUACCGGUACAUACAAACAUACACAUAAAGUUGGAUCAAUUCUCUUGAUCUCUGGGUAAACAUUUAUUUUUGUUACAUG